UCCCAGCUGCAGCCAGACACACCGCCCGCGGAGGACGCCCAAGUCUCUCUCUUCUUUUUGCCUCAGGAAGUCAUCUGCCCUCCGGCACCAACCCGCAGCUCCACUCGGCCAGAAAAAAAGCAAGAGGGCCGAGCGGAGCGGAGCCAAACCGCCCGCAGCGAGGCAACUUCUAGGAGCAGCACCGCGCGGAGCCGCGCCAGCCUCGGGACAAUGGGGCCGCGGCGGCUGCUGCUGGUCGCCGCCGGCCUCAGUCUGUGCGGCCCCCUGCUGUCGGCCCGCAUCCGAGGCCGCAAGCCAGAGUCACAAGCAACAAAUGCUACUGUGAAUCCCCGGUCAUUUUUUCUCAGGAAUUCCAAUGAUAGAUUUGAAAUCUUCCCAUUGGGAGAGGAUGAAGAGAAAAAUGAAAGUGCAUUAACGGAAGACAGAUUCGUCUCCCUCAAUAAAAGCAGUCCUCUUCAAAAACCACCCCCUGUGUUCAUCUCGAAAGAUGCCUCAGGAUACCUGACCAGCCCCUGGCUGACUCUCUUUAUCCCUUCUGUUUACACCUGCGUGUUCAUCAUCAGCCUUCCCCUAAACAUCAUGGCCAUUGCUGUGUUCAUCCUGAAGAUGAAGAUCAAGAAGCCAGCCGUGGUGUACAUGUUACACCUGGCCACAGCAGAUGUGCUGUUUGUGUCCGUGCUGCCCUUUAAGAUCAGCUAUUACUUUUCGGGCAGCGACUGGAAAUUUGGGUCUGAAAUGUGUCGCUUUGCCACUGCAGCGUUUUACUGUAACAUGUACGCCUCCAUCAUGCUCAUGACGGUCAUAAGCAUUGACCGGUUCCUGGCUGUGGUGUAUCCCAUCCAGUCCCUCUCCUGGCGCACUCUGGGAAGGGCUUCCUUCACUUGUCUGGCCAUCUGGGCUAUGGCCAUCGCAGGGGUGGUGCCUCUCCUCCUCAAGGAGCAGACCACCCAGGUCCCGGGACUCAACAUCACCACCUGUCACGAUGUGCUCAAUGAAACCCUGCUCGAAGGCUUUUACGCCUAUUACUUCUCAGCCUUCUCGGCUGUCUUCUUUUUUGUGCCGUUGAUCAUUUCUACAGUCUGCUAUGUGUCCAUCAUCCGAUGUCUUAGCUCUUCAGCUGUGGCCAACCGGAGCAAGAAGUCUCGGGCUUUGUUCUUGUCUGCUGCUGUCUUCUGCAUCUUCAUUCUCUGCUUUGGACCCACAAAUGUCCUCCUGAUUAUGCAUUACUUAUUCCUCUCUCAUAACCCCGCCACAGAGGCUGCCUAUUUUGCUUAUCUCCUCUGUGUCUGUGUCAGCAGUGUGAGCUGUUGCAUUGAUCCCCUGAUCUACUACUAUGCUUCCUCUGAGUGCCAGAGGCACCUCUAUGGUAUCUUAUGCUGUAAAGAAAGUUCUGACCCCAACAGUUACAACAGCAGUGGUCAGUUGAUGGCAAGUAAAAUGGAUACGUGCUCUAGUCACCUGAAUAACAGCAUAUACAAAAAGCUGUUAACUUAGGAAAAGGAACUGCUGGAAAUUGGUGUGAAAUGUGUUGCUUUGCCACUACAACAUUUUACAGUAAUAUAUGUAUGCCUCCAUCAUGUUCAUGACAAUUAUAAACAUUGACUUAAAAAGAGAAGGUUAGAAAGCAGAUAACCUGGGGAUUCUAUUAGUCCCUUGAAAAACUACUUCACCGUCUAAAACAACCAAUGUAUGAUUUGCAUGUCUGCUUCCUAAGAGAGCCAUCAAGCAUAUAUGUUGUUUAAUUGUCAGAAAAGGUAACAGGAAGAGAAAACAGUGUUACUCCAAGGGAUUAUUGCCUGCCAGUGCUACAAUUACUAAAUGUCACUUUUUGAUAUAUCUAGGUGACUUAUAUGUGUACAUAUAUGCACAAAUACAUAUUAUUUGCAGUGCAGUAUGAUAUAGGCACUUGGAAACUCACAUUUUCUUCCCAGCAAUUAUGGAAAUAAUCUCUGA